CUGAACAUGCAGCUCCAGAUCUUGCUCCUGCUCCCCAUGGCCUUUCUCCUGCCCCCUGGGGCUCAGGCUGGGGAGAUCAUCGGGGGCCGGGAAGCCGAGCCGCAUUCCCGCCCCUACAUGGCCUAUCUCAAGGGACAAACCAAGACGUGUGGGGGGUUCCUAGUGCAGGAGGAUUUUGUGCUGACAGCCGCCCACUGCGACGAUGGGGACAUCACCGUGCUCCUCGGAGCCCACAACGUCCGUCAGGAUGAGGAGACCCAGCAACGAGUCUCUGUGCGGCAGAAGAUCCCCCAUCCCAAAUACAACAAGAAGAGCCAGGAGAACGACCUGAUGCUGCUGCAGCUGGCGGAGCCGGCGGAGCUGACCGAUGCCGUGGACACCAUCCCACUGCCCAAGACUAGUCGCACCGUGGAGCCGGGGUCCGUGUGUAGCGUGGCAGGAUGGGGCAAGACCAGCCGCUACGCAAGCACCAGCACCAGCACCCUCCACGAGGUGGAGCUGGAGGUGAUGUCAGAUGAGACCUGCCAGAAGGACUGGCUGCUCCGACUCUACUACAAGCCCUUGAAGAUGAUGUGUGUGGGGAACCCUGAAGAACGCAAGACCUCGUUCUCGGGUGACUCCGGGGGCCCCCUGGUGUGCGAUGAGGUGGUCCAGGGCAUCGUCUCCUUAGGCAAAAGUGACGGGUCCCCCCCGAGGGUGUUCACCAAGGUCUCCGCGUACAUCCCCUGGAUCAAGACAACAAUGAGGGGUCUGAGCAGCCUAGGGUCCCACGCUGAAAGCCCUGUGUCUCUUCAUUGA